GUUUUCUGAUUUAGUUUUAAAACGUUUGUUUAAAAAAAAAAAAGUAUAAUUUUAGUUUAUUUUUAUGAAAAAUACAUUAAGACAUAAUAGUGUUAUACAUUAACUAAUUGAUACUACUCAUUUUUAAUAAAAUGUAAUUGAUUCAUUUUAGUUUUAGAUAUGUGUUAAACUAGUUAUUUAUCUAUAUCCACUGACAUAAUUUAUAAUAGCCGACAUCUUAGUUAAUUCUCAAAAUCAUGUCCCCUUUUGGAAAGUUAUCACAAGACUGCAGAGAAUCCUUGUCACACGAGUUACACAAGUUCAUAUCUUCUGACUUACUGGCGUAUACUUUUCCAUCAUCAUUAACUUCAGAAGAGCGCAAAUACUUACAUUUAAAAAGUGCAGAACUUGGAUUAAAAACUAAAAGUCAUGGAAAACCUGGUGAAAAUAGAUCAAUAACUAUUUAUAUGGAUAAAAAAAAAGUAAAUAAUAAUUCAUCUAGUAUAGAAGUAUCCUUAACUUCAAAUGAGUUGAUGACAAAAAUUUGUGAUAAUGUUCCUAUUACUAAACAAAUGUAUGAUGAAUUACUUCCUAAUCCUAUGAAGCCAUUUCGGCGAAUGGCAGUGGCCAAUUGUAAAAGGAAUCUUCCACUCAUGUGUGAUAAACCAAUGUCUGUACCUCGUUUUGCUGUUGAUGAAGAUUUAUUGGUAAUGAGGAAGUCUUUACCUAUAUGGGCAAACAAAGGACAAAUAACCCACGCAAUUGAAAAUAAUCCUGUGAUAAUUAUCACAGCUGAGACUGGAUCUGGGAAAACUACUCAAAUUCCUCAAUUUAUUAUUGAUGAUAGUGCUGCCAAAAACAAACCUUGCCGGGUCAUUUGUUGUCAACCAAGAAGAAUUGCUGCUAUUUCAAUGGCUGACAGAGUAUCUAAUGAACGUGGAGAAAGUAUUGGAAUGAGUACUGGAUAUCAAGUUAGACUUGAAAGCUGUGUAAGCCAUGAUACAACAAUUAUAUACUGUACAACUGGUGUUUUAACCAGAACUCUUAUGGAUCGACAUCAAAAAGACAAUGAACCUAACAAAGGAAUGCUAAUGAAUGUUUCCCAUGUAAUAGUAGAUGAAGUUCAUGAACGUGAUAAACAUGUAGACUUCCUUCUUAUAGCAUUGCGUAUGAUUUUACCAAAAUAUAAACAUUUGAAACUUAUCUUAAUGUCAGCUACAGCAGAUAUACAUUUAUUCUCAUCUUACUUUGAUAACUGUCCAGUAUUAAAAGUGGAAGGAAAAAUUUUUCCUGUUCAAGAUUAUUUUCUAGAGGAUAUUUUGGAUAUUAUUAAAUACGAGUCACCAUCUAUGGCAAGAAUAAAGAAUAAAACAAAAAUUGGUUAUUGGGAUAAUAAUUUUGUAGAAAAAACGGUCGAGGCUGUUCAAAAUAUGAAUAUUACAGAACGGGUUACUACUUUAAGACCUGACCAAGAAUGGUUGAAGUCAGAAUUAGAUGAUUGUAUGCACCAAAUUUGGUUUAAUGCUGAAAUAGAGCAAAUUGAUAGAAUGAUUUAUUAUAUUAUGUCUGAAGAAAUUCCUGUGGAUUAUCAACAUUCAGAUACUGGUGUAACUUUAUUAAUGCUUGUAGCAGUUCAUGGAUUAAAUGACUAUGUUACUACAUUAUUAAAUAUGGGUGCUAAUCCAAAUAUACGUACCAGAGUAUUUAAUUUGGAUGCAGCUACUUGGGCUACAGAAUUUAAACAUUUCGAUACAAGAGAUUUAAUUAUUAAUAGUAAAGGUGUUCUUACACCCACUGAUACUCAGAAUAAUGAAAUUUCAGAUGUAAUAGAAAUCAAAGAAAGACUAGAAUUGUAUAAGAAAAGCUUACCUCCUAAUAUUAUAAUUGAUGCAUAUUUAAUUACUUAUCUUAUUAAACAUAUACUUUUAAAAAAAAAAUCUGGUUCUAUAUUGGUAUUUUUGCCUGGAUUUGAAGACAUGUCGAUGGUAAAUAAAGUUAUUGUUGAAGAACUUAUUAGUAAAGAUAAUUUAAAAAUAACAAUUUAUAUGUUACAUUCAAUGAUGCAGACAUCGGACCAACGUAGGGUAUUUCAACCAGCACCUAAAGGUCAUCAAAAAGUUAUACUUGCUACUAACAUUGUUGAAACUAGUGUUACAAUAAACGAUGUUGUUUAUGUUAUUGAUUCUGGAAGAGUUAAGCAGAAAGGGUAUAAUGCCUUCAAUGGUAUUAGCUGUAUGAAUGUAAAUUGGAUAUCCCAAAGUUGUGCAAGACAAAGAGCUGGUCGUGCUGGGAGACUUUGCCCUGGUGAAUGUUAUCGUAUUUAUACCAGAGAACAACAUAAUCACAUGGCGAAUCACGAUGUACCUGAAAUUUUGAGAAUGCCUCUACAAGAACUUUGUAUGUUAGCAAAAGUAAUUUCAAAUAAUAUGAGAGUAUUAGACUUUUUGGCAUUAGCUAUUCAACCACCACCAACAUUGUCAGUUACUUCUGCACUUGAAUACUUAAAAACAAUUGAAGCAAUGGAUGUUAAUGAAGAUUUGACAGAUCUUGGAUUUUUCAUGUUAGAUUUAUCUAUUGAGCCUCAUUAUGCUAAGACAUUAGUAUUUGCUAUCUUUUUGAAAUGUUUAGAUCCUGUAUUAACUAUAAUUAGCUGUUUAGCUAAUAGAGAACCUUUCAAUCUGACUCUCAAUGUAAAUAUGAAGACUUCAUUAGGAUCUAUUCGUAAGAAAUUAGCUGGAGAUUCAUUGAGUGAUCAUAUAGUCCUUUUGCGCUUGUAUCAGGCUUUCAAUGAAGGAAAUAUGGUUGAUAGCGAUUUAUUUAAUCUAGUUUCCCAAUCAAUUAUGGGAUUAAUUACACAAACAAGAACUCAAUUAUUAGGUCAGUUAAGAGCUCUAGAAUUAAUUCAAAUCCGUGCUGGUCCUAAUGAUAUAAGAGAAGUAAAUAUAAAUUCAAAUAAUUGGGCUACUGUAAAAGCUUGUUUGUUAGCUGGAUUGUACCCAAAUUUGGCCAAACUAGAUAAAUCUAAUACAAGACCUAUUUUGAAAACAAAGACAGAAAAAAGUGUAAUUUAUCAUGGAUCAAGUGUCUUACGUGAAAAUUAUGUCAAAGACUUACCAUCUGAAUGGAUAAUAUUUGAAGAAAUGAGUUCUUUUAAUACUAAAAAGUUUAUAAAAAAUUGCACAGUUGUAUCUCCUAUGUCAGUUGCUCUUUUUUCAAAUGCCAUGAGAUUACCUCAAGAUUCAGUUAGUAAAGUUAAUGAUGAUAGUGAUUGUGAUAGUAAUGAAGAAAAUGAUACAUUAGUUGAAGAAAAUUUAGGAAUACUAAACUUGGAUGGUUGGACUAGUUUUGUUGGAAGUUCUGAUGAUAUUUCAAAAAUAUUAAACAUGCGAUUAUGUCUUACUUUAGCUUAUCGAGAAUUUCUUAAAAACAAAAUGAUAUCACACCAUAGUUCCUAUAGUAGUGUUGUUCAGUCAGUAGUUAAAAUAUUGGCAGCAGAAGACCAUGCAGUGGGCUUGGAAGCUCCAGAUGAUGUUGGUAAACGUCCAAAAGAAAAUAGUAAUAAAGGUCGCCAUAAUAAAAAUAGUGAUAAUUCUUCGUUUUCUUUUCGUAAAUAUUCGUAUGGCCAACAUUCUCAAAAUAAGAAUUACACAGAUAACAGUUCGACUUUUAGGAUGAAUAGAAACAGUUAUAAUAUGCCUAAUAGAGGUACGAGUAAUAGAUAUCAAAAUAGUUAUUCAGCUCCAAGUACAUCUCAAAUGAACAAUAAUUACAAAUGGCAAUAACAGCAUUAAAUUUAAAUUAGUAUAACAGUAUUAUAACCAAGGCAGACUUUAUUUUUAAUUUUCCGUUUUUUAUUAAUUGUUAUAAAAUAUUUUGUUAUCUAGUUUCUUAUUUACAACCAAAUGUAUAUUUUAAAUGUAUUGUUUUUAAUUUAAUAUUUAUUACUUAAGUAAAAAAAAUAUUCCAGGGGUUUAACGAAUUUAUACUGGAAUAGCAUUUCUUUAUAAAGUUUCUCUAGUUUUUAUUUUAAUUUUUAUAAUUCA